AUGACUAUACAUAAUAGAAUACUCUUACCUUUUCUUUUGAUUUGUUUUGUGUUUGGAGGAAUUACUGAAGAAGUUUAUAACCAGAUAGCAGUUUGUGGAGAUAAUGAAUGGAAUCAAUACUAUGAACAAUGUGAUGGGUCUGUUGGAUGUACAUCACAAUGUAUUUGUGGUACUGGAUAUAUUGCAGAUGGAAAAGGAAAUUGUCAAAUGCAAUGUAUGUAUGAAGAUGCAUGUUCUUCAGGAUGUAUUCUUCCAGAUGUAUGUGAACAAUGUAAUAUUUCUAAAGGAUAUACAAGUGAUUGUCAAGGAUGUCAAUCAGGAUACAUGUGGUUUGGAGAAGGGAAAUGCAAACCAAUAAAAGAAAAUGAAAUACAAACAUGUGGAAUGUUUAGUAAUAUAAUAGAGCAAUAUUUUAAAGAAAAAGGAGAAGAAAAUGUGUUUAAUAUUCAAAUAGGAGAAGAAGAAAUAAAAAAUGGUGGUUUAAUUUCUAUUCCUGAUGUUUCUAAUCUUGUUGGACUUCAAUUAAAUAGAUGUUCACAAUAUGUUGAUCCAAUUAAACCAUAUACUUAUGGUGUUUGGUUUAAACUUACAUCGACUAUAAAUACUUUUGUUUCUAUUGAAGUAGAUAAAAGAUAUUCUCAUCAAGAACUUGAACUAGCAAAAAUUCAAAAACAAGAAAUAGGAAGUAAACUUGCUAUAGUCAUAGAACAAGAUUGUCAAGAAAAAUUGGGAUAUUCUACUUCAUUAGUUUGUCUUUACAAAAAUGGUGGACAUUCUAAAUAUGUAAAUUCUCCCAGAAUUAUUACUUUAUUAGAAACUGGUUCAACUCAAUAUCUCUUUAUUCAUUCAAAAUUUGCUUCAUUUCAAAUUCCAGCUUUUAAGUUAUAUGUUAAUAAAAUUACUCAUGCAUGUUCUUCAAGUUAUUAUAAUAUUGACUGGAAUACAUUAGCUAGUUCUAAUUAUUCAAAUGUAUUUAAUUUAGAACAUACUAUUAAUUCACGUUCUAUUUGUUCUAAAGAUAUUGUUAAAGGACUUUGGUUUAAGUUAAUUGGAGCAGAUCAAAGUAUACAAAUUUCUACAUGUAAUUCACCAUCUGAAUAUGAUAUAAAUCUUGAUCUUUUAGCUGUUAAAUUAAGUGAUUAUGGAUUAAAUGAAAAUUCUGAAGAUAUUUCAAUGAUUAAUUGUGAUGAUGAUUCAAAAACAAAGUGCAUUCGUUCAAGGACAGAUGGGUGUGGGAAUAAUUCAAAAUUAGCAAGGAUGGUAGUUUCAUUACAAACAGGGUAUUUAUAUUUUUUGUUUGUUGGAGUAAAUGAACAAUAUUCAGCUCAAAUCCAGGUUGAUAUAAAUACAGUUUGUACUAAUAAUUGUGAUAAUAAUGGGUUAUGUUCUUCUCAUACUGGUAAAUGUGAAUGUAAUGAUGGAUAUGUUCUUAAAGAUGAAACCUGUUCAUUAUGUGGAAAUGGAAAAUUAGAUGAAGGAGAAGAAUGUGAUUUGUCUAUUGAAGGAUAUGAUGAUAGUAAAUGUUCAAUUAACUGUAAUUGUCUGUAUGGAUUUGAACCAAAAAAUAUCAAUGGAGUUCGUAAGUGUGCCGUUUCAACAUGUGGAAAUAAUGAAAUUAAUAAAUAUGAAGAAUGUGAUGGAGGAUAUGGGUGUGAUCAUUGUGUUUGUGUAAAUGGAACAAAGAAAUAUGCGAAAGCAAGAAUUGGUUGUAUGUUAUCUACAUGUGGAAAUAAAAAAUGGGAUAAAGGAGAAGAAUGUGAUGGAGGAGAUGGAUGUAUUGAAUGUGAAUGUCAACCAGGAUGGUAUUCACAAAAUAAAGCAGAUUGUAGUUCAAUUUCCAGAGGGAUAACAAAUUUUUUAUUUUGGGGAAUAGGAAGUAUAAUAUAUAUUAUAUUUUAUAUAUUAUUAUUAUUAUUAGUGUUAUUCAUUUAUUACAAUCUUACUAAACAAAUUAAACAAGAAAUUGAUGAUGAAAAACUAAUCAUCUUCGAGAAUACAAUCAUUCCAUUUGAUAAAACAAAUUCUCAAUACAUUGACUUAAAACAACAAAACCCUUAUUUUUCAUUCUCUUCUAAUACAAUUGAUUUUGGUGAUAUAAGACCUGAAAUUAAUGAACCUAUUGAUACAACAAUUAUUUUAACUAACAACUGGAAAGAGAGUAUGCAUUUUACAUUCCAUUCUGGUGAUUAUACAAAAUAUGAAAUUAUGUGUAAACCAUUUACUGGUACUAUUAGACCAGGUGAUUUUGCUGAAUUAACUAUUACAUUUAUGGCUAAGUGUACUACUUUACUAAAUGAAAAAAUCCCAAUUACUUUAAGAUAUGGUCAAUUAGGAAAUAUUUUAAAAGAAAUUAAAAAGGAAAAUCCUGAUUUGAUUGCUCAAAAUUCUCAAUCAAGUCAAAAUAGUGAAAUGGAUAAUCGUUCUCAUUCAUCAAAUACAAAUAAUACUUCAAAUUCUCAACCUCAAAAAAGUACUCCUUCUUCUUCUAAAACUACAAAUAGUAAAUCAAAUAAAAGUGAUAAAUCUAGUUCAAAAAAGAAAAAAGGAAAAUCUAAAGUAUCUAAAUUCCAUGUUUAUUUAAAUCUUCAAGUUGAGUCUGCUCUUUCUACUAAAUUGGAUUAUGAAGAAAUUCAUUUACAACAUCCACCUAUUGGUGGUGGUACAUUUGGUAUUGUUUAUCGUGCUGAUUGGAGAAGAGUUGAUGUUGCAGUUAAAGUGAUGAAAACUGAUUUAGUUGGAUUAGCUGAAUUAUUACCUAAUUUUAGUCAAGAAGCAGAAAUGAUGGAACGUAUUCGUUGUCCGUAUAUUGUAAAUUUCAUUGGAAGUGUAGUAACUGCUGAUACAUUAUGUCUUGUAACAGAAUUUUGUCCAUUAGGUUCAUUAAGAAAAUUCAUGAAAACAAAUCCAUUAAGUGAUUUUUUAAAAGUUAGAUUCUGUCAAGAUAUAGCACGUGGUAUGGAAUAUUUACAUCAAAAUGAUAUUCUUCAUCGUGAUUUAAAAACUGAUAAUGUUUUAGUUUAUUCUAAAAAUCCACAUGAUCCUAUUACUGCUAAAGUUACUGAUUUUGGUACUUCUCGUUCAUUUAUUGAAUCAUCUGGAAAAAUCGAAUUACAAAAUAUUGGUACACCUGUAUAUAUGGCACCAGAAAUUAGUAGAAAAGAUCAAAUGACAUUAAAAUCAGAUGUAUAUUCAUUUGCUAUUUGUAUGUUAGAAAUUUGGUUAGGAAGAGAUCCUUAUGAUCCAAUAAAAUUCCCUGAUUCAGAAUCAAUACUAAGAUUUGUAGGUGCUGGAAAAAGACUUGAUGUUUCUGAUGAAUGUAUUUUUAAGACUCUUAUUGAACAAUCUUGGAAACAUAAUCCAUCGGAAAGACCUACUUUCAAAGAAUUAGGAACAGUUUUAGAUGGUAUAUUAAGAAGAAUGACUGAUAAAUCAAAUUCUACUAAAGGUCAUUCUGGAUCAACAAGGACUGAAACUAAAUCUCAAGAUAUUUCUUCUUCUGAAAAAAGGUAUAGUAUAAAUACUAGUUCAAGUAGUACAAUAAAUAAUAUGGAAGAUAAUAAAGGAAAUGAAGAAAGUAUCGACACAUCAAUUUCAUCUCAAGUAUUGUCACUUUGA